AUGCAAGGCAUUGAGGAAGAAUUCCUCAUAACCCUGAUAUACAAAUGUUACAAAGAUGAAUCUGAAUAUGAUGAACUUUUUGAACAUGAUGCAGAUUUAUGGAAUGCGCCCAUUGUUAGAAUACCAAGACCGUCGAUUUCAACAAAAAUUCAAACAUCAAAUUUCAGUGAAAUGGAAGUAUGCAUUGAAGAACAGAUAUCUUCUGAUGAGAAAAAUUCUAGUAAUAUGUCAUUUGAAGAAACUUUAGAAGAUAUUGCUGAUUCUGAAAAAGCUGCUGAGAUUUCAGAUGAUAGUUUAGAAAAAUUAUUAUACUCAAAUACUAGCUCAGAUCCCGACGAUGUUCAAGGAGCAACUCUAGAUGAUGCGUUAGACAAAUUGAGGCUGGAUGCAAUUGAAGCAAAAGUGAACUUCUUAAAAACUUUGAACGAGACAAACCAAAACUUUAUUGAGGAGUUGUCUCAACUAAUUCCAGCACUCGAUAUCUUCCUUAAUACAUCUUCGCAAGAUUCAGAAAGUGAUAACUUUUAUAUAAAAAUCUAUGAUACUGUUCAUUUGGAAAAUGGUGAAAUUUUGAGAGCAUCUGAUAGUUAUCAAAAUAAGAAGUGGUUUAGUAAUGUUGCAGUGUCCGCUGCAGAAGAUCAAGAUCAGUAUGAAUCAGACGAAGGAAUAUGGGAUUAG